AUGAGAAAGCCUUUGCGGAACAUGAAGAAAGAUUCAGAGAACAUAAGCCGAGGAUGGAAGAAGUUCAGAGAUGGAGAGAAGCUAUCACACGACUGGCCGAUCUCCCUGGUUAGUAUAGUGGAACUGCGGUAUUCAGCUCUUGUAUGGCCUUCAUAUGGAAAAUUUGAAGACAUUGUUAAACUUAUAGCAUAUACUUUGGGUCCUGAAUUUUCAACUCUUCAAGAUGAAACAAUAUACAGUGGUUAUAGAAGAUUUGAAGAUAUUCUUGUAUAUAACAAAGAUAAAGUUUCUGACAAGGAGCUGUCAGCUUUGAUGAGGGUAAGGGAUUUUAUCAGCCUCUUGUUGACUUAUCCAGUGAAAUUUGAAGAUGAUGGUAUAUUAAGAUCCUGGAUUAGUGCCUUUCCUGAAUGGAAAACUCGGUUAUUGUCUACUGAUGGUUAUGCUGUGAUGUACAAACCAUGGAGACUACUAACUGAGAAGGCACUGGGAUGUAUGAAAGGAUUUAUGCCAGUGGAAAUAUUGUCUAGAAUAGGAAGUGGUGAGAGAUCCAUCUUCAACCACCACAAUGAUGUAAUACCGGAAACUGUUCUCCACCUAACUGUUGAUCUCGCAGUUAACCAAUUAAUUCAAACUUUGUUUUCUGGAGAUUACUAUGCCCGCUAUAUCAGACUGUUAACCAGAAACUUGGCUGAAAAAAGAUUUGUAGUGAACAAAAUAGUUGCAGCCUUGGAAGAUAAACGCAACAUGUUUGGAAUUGACAAAGAUUUUGUUAGGGCCGUAUGGAUCAAUGCCUCAACAUGUGAGACUGAUGCAGAGGUUCGAGUUCAAGAAGAAAUCAGUAUGAUGGAAGAAAGUUUUUCUAUGACAGAAGGUGAUGACAUGUUGAGUACACUACACAUUGACGAAAAGAUGGGAAGCAAUAGGCAGUUAGUGAUUGUAGUGGAUGCAGAUAGCAACAAGAAGCUGGAUCUCAAAAAAGUGCAUUUCCCGACUGGGAUUGUGGUGUUGAUAACAACUGAGUCUUCAACACAAGCAGUGAAGGAUGAUGACUACAGAAUUACAUGCACAAUUGAUUUGAAUAUUUGGACCCAGGAUCAUCUAUUGCCUUGGAAACUCUUUUGUACCUAUGCGGGAGCUUGUAUCAGCAGUAGCACAGUGCGUUCAUCAAUGGCCAUUCAGAAAAUUGCGGUAGAAAUAGUCAAGAAAUGCCGUGGUCAUCUUCUUGCCAUUGCCCUUGUGGCAAAGCAUCUUAGGUAUGUGAAAGAUGUUAAAUACUGGGAACUUGCACUUGACAAAUUAAGCAGUCCGAAUCCUUUCUAUGAUUAUCGAGAUUGUGACAUAAUUGGCAUUAGUAGAGUCAUGGUCAAUGCAUUUGUAAAUAUUAUUUGGGAAGACAUUGAUGAUGAACAAAAGUUUUGCCUUGAACUCAGUUUGCCUGUUCACAACAUUAAAAAUGGGGUAAGAGAUGAGAUCUUGGUUUCUGAUUGGGCUAUAAUAUUACAACACAUACAAGAACUUGGUGAAUACAGAAGGCAAUUACAAUAUUACAUGGAGGAGCUUCUAGACUGUAUUGUCUUGUUGAAAUUUGAAAGUCAUGUUUAUUUGCCAAUUGAAACCUAUUAUAUAAUAAAAUCAUUGCACAUCUCACAACCUUCCAUCAUAAGACAUGGUGCAUUAGGAUUGACGAAGCCCUCUUACAUUGGACAAUGGCGUUUUCUUAUUCACAUAGAAUUGAUGGACAAUAAAAUAUGUGAAUUACCACCAGCACCCUAUUGCCCUAGUCUCAAGGUGCUUCUAUUGCAGGGCAAUGCUGAUUUAUUAGAAAUUCCUGAUUCAUUUUUCGACCACAUGCCUAUACUUCAACACUUGGACUUAUCCUACACUAGUAUAAGGGAUUUGCCCCUUUCUGUCUCCAAAUUGAUACAACUUAAGAAAUUUUUUAUUAAAGGUUGUGACCUCUUCAUGGAACUAUCUCCGCAAAUUUUACAGUUAAAGAAUCUUGAAGAGCUUGAUCUUAACGGCACUCUGAUAACCCAUUUGCCAAAAAACUUUGGAGAAUUGAUCAACCUGAAAUGCUUAACCGUAUGCUUUGAUGGAUACUAUCAUGUACUUGGUCGUGGCAAAAAAGAUAAGCAAAUUUGCAACUCAACCAUAAUUCCUCGAGGAGUGAUAUCAAAUCUUACUCAGUUGAAUUAUCUAAGCCUCGAGGUCGACCCUGAAGAUGAGCAAUGGAGUGAGAAUGUUCAUAGUGUUUUGAUGGAAAUUUUUGGAUUAGAGAGGUUGAAGACGGUAAGCAUAUAUGUCCCAAAGGCUGAACUCUUGGAAUUCAUACCAGCCCAGAAAUCUCUCAAUUUCCGAUUGGUUGUUGGUCAUCACAUGCGACGACUGAUAUCACGUGUAACACCUGAACUAGAGACAAAAUUCAAACAGUGUGAUUAUAGCAUGAAGUUUGUUAAUGGUGUAAAUGUUCCUAAUGGAGUGAAAAUGAAUCUUGGACGCUUCAAGGCAUUGUACCUAGACCGACAUAUGACCAUCAAGAGUCUAUCUGAUUUCAAUUUGAGGAAUUUAGGGGGGUUAGAAUUUUGCAUAUUGGCGGAAUGUAAUGAAAUGGAAACCAUUGUCAACCAAAGUGAUUCAGCUUGUAGGUCUGGCUUGAUGAACCCAUUAGCUGCACAUCAAGACACUCAACUAAAUGAAUAUCAAAGUAGAUUGUAUGAGGGAAUUUCAAGUUCUACACCAACCAAGUUACAUUUGAAGACACCUCUUUUGUCAUCUUUAACCCCAGUUUUAUCAUUGGGUAGUUCAAAAGGUGAAGCCCAAAAGCGGAAAGCCGAUAUUGAAAUAGUUCAAGCGGUCUCAAAAAGGACAUUAAAACAGUUGUUAAUAGCAACAAAUAAUGGUGCUAUAGAGGAAUUGCAUUGUGGAGUGGCUAGAGCAUUUUAUGAAUAUUGGAAAAUGUAG